GCUCCUCGAAGGCUCGAAGAACAAACAAACCCCAAGAUAGCGUCGCCACGCCGCGUCCGCUCCGACGCGGCGGCCCACGUCCCACCAAAUGCCGCGCGCCCACCACCACCCGCCACCACGCCGCGGUCGCCUCCUGCAGCUCGCCGCGGCGGCGUCGGGGCUCCUGCUCCUCGCGCUGCUCGUCCUCCUCCCGGCCGCGCCGCCCGGGGAGCACACCACCGCGCCCGCCUCGCUCCUCCGCGCGGCCGUCGCGGCGCACCCGUCGCCGGCCUCCUACGCGCGGCCCUGCGCCGACCACCUCGCCCUCUCGCUGCACCGCCUCCGCGCCGCGCUAUCCUCCCUGGAGUCCGGCGACGUCCCCGCCGCGCUCCACCUCGCCUCCGGCUCGCUCCAGUGCCAGUACGACUGCUCCCACCUCCUCUCGCUCCCGGCCUUCCGCUCCCACCUCCUCACGUCCCGCUUCCUCGAUUCCCUUGCCCCACAAACCCUAAAUGCUGCCCUGAAACCUCCCUCUUCCGCCCCUGCCGCUGCAUUCCCUGCGAGGAUCCGCCCUGACGCCACAGUCUGCAAACCGAAUUCCGGAGCGGAGCCGUGUGGCUACUCGACCGUGCAAGCCGCGGUGGAUGCAGCGCCGAACUACACCGCCGGGCACUUUGUCAUAGCAGUUGCUGCAGGUACAUACAAGGAAAAUAUCGUGAUUCCUUAUGAGAAGACCAACAUUUUGCUGAUGGGGGAGGGUAUGGGAGCUACUGUUAUCACUGCGUCACGGAGCGUGGGGAUUGAUGGACUGGGAACUCAUGAAACUGCCACGGUGGCUGUGAUUGGCGAUGGUUUCCGCGCGAGAGAUAUAACAUUUGAGAACAGUGCUGGUGCUCGAGCUCAUCAGGCUGUGGCAUUCCGUUCAGAUAGUGAUCGGUCAGUGCUGGAGAAUGUAGAGUUCCGCGGGCAUCAGGAUACACUGUAUGCUCACACAAUGCGUCAGUUCUACCGCAGGUGCCAUAUUACAGGGACAGUGGAUUUUAUAUUUGGGAAUGCCGCAGCUGUGUUUGAGGAAUGUGUGAUUAAGACUGUACCACGGGCCGAGGGAGCUCAGAAGCGUGCACGAAAUGUGGUGGCUGCUAGUGGGAGGAUCGAUCCGGGGCAGACGACAGGGUUUGUGUUUGUGAAUUGCACUGUGGAUGGGAACAAAGAGUUUGUGGAAUUGUUUCGGACAAAGCCACAGUCAUACAGGCUGUAUUUGGGGCGGCCAUGGAAGGAGUAUGCCAGGACGUUGUAUGUCAGCUGUUAUUUGGGGACAGUUGUCAGGCCGGAGGGAUGGCUUCCAUGGCGAGGUGAUUUUGCUCUCAGGACACUCUAUUAUGGAGAAUUUGACAGUCGAGGUCCUGGUGCAAACAACACAGCAAGGGUUGAGUGGAGCAGUCAGACACCAGAACAGCAUGUUAAACACUUUUCAAAGGAGAACUUCAUUCAGGGCCAUCAAUGGAUUGCAUACUGACUACAGUCUAAAUUGUGUUCUUAGAUCAGUGACUUAUUGGCACCUUAACCACAUGAUGUGAAAAAUUUCUGGAACGAUUGCAGGGGUUUGACCUACAGCCGGAGACCGAGAACACCAUUCUUUUGGGAGUCGACUGCUGAUGGGAAAUAUUCUAUGGGCUCAGCCUAUCGGCCUUGGGGGUCAGGCGUUCCAACACCAAACUCAUCUGGCAAGCUGGUGCAGAAAACAAAUGCAAGCUGUUCAUCUAGAUCCUAGUCCAGAACAGGAUCCUAACGGCUGACAAUCUUGCGAUUGGAGGAUGGCCUCACCAUACUUUAUGCCCCCUAUGCACCCUUUCACCCAAAUGGUUUGGACUCAGGUCUCUACCUUUGGAACAGCUAGCGAUUCCAAAGAACACCAUCCCGACAAACUUUGAUAUCAUAUUGGAUUGGUGGGAAGCUGCAGCAAAAUCAGUUCACAAGGAUGAAGGACCUUAGGUGGGGUUUCAACACCAUAGUCAUCUACAUUAUGUAGAAACUGUGGCAAGAGGACAGUCGACAAAUUUUUUUAGAACAAGAGCCUUUCCACUUUAUGGGUGACAGAGAAAACAAAAGUGUGUUUAUUACAGUACAGACGGGCUUUCCAAACCCAGGUGUAGGGGUCACUUUUGGCUAUGUGGAGGGACAUCCUAGGUGGCUCGUUUUCAGAAAAUGAGCUGUGUCCUGCCUUGUUUGGUGAAGUUUAUUGCCUCAUUCUUGUAUUUAAACCCUUUUCUUAUUCAUUGAAAGACAGCUCCUGCCAUUAUGUUUAAAAAAAAACUAGCACAAAAAGAAAGUAUUAGCUGAAUGGAUACUAGCAGUCACCGGUUUAUUCA